GAGAGUGAAACUUCGAUGUUUAUUAUUGGUGAUACAUCACACGAUUAUUAUUAUUAUCUUUUUAUUUGCAGCAAGGGCUUGUCCCAGUCAGCUUUACCUUACAGGCGCAGUGUGCCCACUUGGCUCAAGUUAACAUCUGAUGAUGUAAAAGAACAAAUUUACAAGCUAGCAAAGAAGGGCUUGACCCCAUCACAGAUUGGUGUGAUCCUUAGGGAUUCCCAUGGUGUUGCCCAAGUGCGUUUUGUUACUGGGAACAAGAUUCUCAGGAUCCUGAAGUCUAAGGGGCUUGCUCCAGAUCUUCCAGAGGACUUGUACCACUUGAUCAAGACUGCUGUGGCUGUUCGCAAACAUUUGGAGAGGAACAGGAAGGACAAGGAUGCCAAGUUUCGUUUGAUUCUUAUUGAAAGCAGGAUUCAUAGGCUGGCUCGUUAUUACAAGUCCAAGAGGGUACUUCCACCCAACUGGAAAUAUGAAUCCUCCACCGCUUCAGCACUUGUCGCCUAAGAAGUUUCUUCAUUGAUUUACUUAACCUGAAAAAUAAAAUUCUUUGUAUCUUG